CAAUGUCCUGCUCGCAGUCUGCGCACGUGAUGAACAGCCGCGAUCUGAGGUGGUUUUCGACAGGUAAAAAAUUACUAAACGAAUUCAUGGUAUUCAUAUUCUUUCUCUGUCAAUUAUUCAUGACGUACAUGAUCACGUCGUCGACCGCGGUUUCCGAGGAAUUUUCCAAAAUGAGCGUUAACGUCGCUUCGGCGGUGCACAAGAAAGCCAACGGGGCAAACAACUGGAUGAAAUUCACCAACAACACCACUCCAUCGCCUGCCCUUCUCAACAAAACCGCCGUCCAGAAUCCGGAAAAGAAAGACAUUGAGGUUGUGGCGAUCGAUUGUGAAAUGGUCGGCAUAAAUCCUGACGGGCAAGGUAAUAUGUUGGCACGAGUUUCUAUCGUCAACUCCAAAGGGGAAACCAUCUAUGACAAGUUUGUAAAACCUACACAAAAUGUUACCGACUACCGUACCCCGGUUAGUGGUGUUCGACCAGAAGAUAUCGAGAAUGGUGAAAAUUUUAUCAGAGUCAAAAAAGAAGUUACACAACUUCUGAAAAACAAAUUGUUGGUUGGCCACGCUAUAGGACACGAUUUAAAGGUAUUGAGGCUCACCCAUCCUAAACACAUGAUCAGAGACACUUCGACUUAUUGGAAGUUUAGACAGCUGACCGAAGGUCGCACCCCUGGAUUAAAACGUCUCACGUUGCAUUUUCUUGGUGCCAGUAUACAGGAUGGCGAACACAGUUCCGUGCAAGACGCUAAAGCAGCCUUACAAUUGUACAUGUUAGCCCGUAAAGAUUGGGAGAUUAUCCUGAAAAAGAGGAGAAGUCGCCCAAGGAACGGAAAUAAACCUCACGGCCAACAGCGUAGAAAAUAGUAAUAGUUGAAUUAAUUGGAUUAUUCGUUAUUUUGCUAAUUACGUUUAAUAAGACUGCUACUAUGUGUGGACAAUGCCAAUAAAGAAUAAGAACAUUUAAAUUACAUUGUACCGUUUGGUAUUUCUGUCACAAACCCGAUGAGAAACUAUUUUUACUUCGUUCACUUUAAAAUUUGUUUUUUUAAGUGAUUUUCAAUUAAUACUGUGAUUUAUGUUAAUCAAUAACAGAUAUUUUGAAAUGUUGUAAAUUAAAUUGUAAUUUAAUUUAUUUGUAAAUAAACAAUGUUGGAGAUUCUGGAUUAAUAUUA